UGCCUAAAAAGUUACAAUAAAUCAUUUUUGUUUUAAGUUAAUUGAUUGAUAGCGAGAGGGAGAGACAGAAUUGUUCCCGCCAGUGUACUUAGAUAUACUUCUCUGCUUCUCUCCUUCCGGCACACUUGAAUCCACCGAUGGCGAACAACAUUGAAGAUUUCUCCCAAUUCGGAAUUUCUAAAGAGGAAAAGGAUAAGCUUGUUGGAGAGGUUAUCCGAUACAUGCUGUUCAAGACCCAUCAAAACUCAGGGUGCCCAAUUAAGAGAGACGAACUCACUCAGCUUAUUACGAAGAAUUAUCAUCAGCGUAACCUUCCUACUUUUGUCAUCAAUGAGGCUAAGGACAAGCUUGCCGCCGUGUUUGGUUAUGAAAUGAGAGAGCUUUCAAGGUCUGUCCCAUCAUCAAAAUCUCAGACACGUGCUUCACAAAGUAGUGCGGAUGCCAAAUCAUAUAUUCUCAUUAGUCGACUUCCUUCUGAUUUAUAUGAAAAAUAUGUUGUGGAUGCGAAUUCAGCGCACAUGUCUGGUUUCACGUUUGUCAUAAUUAGUAUUGUACAUCUUGCUGGUGGCAAAAUUCCAGAAGAAAACCUGUGGAGCCAAUUGAAUAGGAUGAGUUUGAGUGACACUGAAGCACAUCAUCCUAUCCUUGGAAACAUUAAACAAACAUUGGAACUUCUUGUUCAGCAAAGGUAUUUACAGAAGGACAAAGUUCAUGGUCCUGAAGGCAAUAUCAUAUAUUAUGAGCUUGCUGAGAGAGCUUCAGAUGGACCCAUAAAUAACAAGGUCAAAGAAUAUAUAUCUCAGAUUAUGAGGGACACUGCCUAAUCAGUCGCUAGCUCUUCAAUGUCUCAAUUGUGAUAUAAUUAUGCUGGUAGAGGUUAAUGGAGAGAUACUAACUACUAACUAGGUUCCAAUUUAAUCCUGAUCUAUUUAAGGUUUAAGCUCUGCAAGAAUUUCAAUCUACAUUUUGUCUUCAGUCAAAUUCUGCUAAAUCUGUCUGUAUAAAUAUUAGCAGUAUGCAACUGGCACCAUGUUUUUUUUUUACAGAUUGUAGAAAAUUAACCUAUGCAGAUUUUUUCUUGGCAUUUUGGAGGUUAUUUGGUCCAAAUUUCCCACUAUUUGGAGCUAUGUAAUUUUGAGUUUAUCUCGUUUAGAUCUAAUCAGCAGCAUAAUCAUACAGUUAACAAGUUGAGAUGGAAUUGUUGACUAAUAGUUUUACUUGUAUCCUUAAUUCAAACUUCAAGUUUAUUUAUGUGGUUAA